GAAAUAUACUAGAAUUUGGGAACAAGGAUAUCGACAAGAUACAAGAAAAGUGCUUCAGAUAUGACAAGUUACAGAGUUGUUUGAGUAAAUAUAACAAGAAGAAGGAUAAGUGGAAGAUAUUCACGAUAAAGAGAUCUAUGCAUCGUAUCUCUUUCAAGAUCAAGAAUUUGAUAAAGGAUUGUCAUCAUAAAAUUAUCAGAUAUAUUUAUGAGAAUUACCAGACAAUUUUGUUGCCAAAAUUCGAGACUCAAGAUAUGGCAUGCAACAUAAACGGUAAUAGAAAGAUAUCUAGCAAGACAGCUAAGAAGAUGCUUGAUUGGUCACAUUACAAGUUUAAGAUGUUUCUAAGACAUAAAACAAGGGAAUAUCCAGAAAUGAAUCUGAUUGAAUGUACUGAGGAAUAUACUAGCAAGACAUGCACGAGAUGUGGGAUCAUCAACGAGAAGUUGAGAGGGUCAAAGAAUUUUAGUUGUAGUUUGUGUGGUUUGAAAAUAGAUAGAGAUCAUAACGCUACAACCUCGUCAGGUUUUGAAGCAUAUACUUAUGAUAUUUAUUACAAUGAAAGACUAUUCAUAAAGAUAGAGCCUGAUGAUUACAAUUUUAGUAAUCACGGUACAAUGAGUGAAAAAGAAGGAUCACAUGAAUAUCUCGUUUUCUAUUUCAGGGAAAAAAAAUUGAAAAAAAUCCCAGAUGAAUUUAGAUGUGAAUUCAACGGAAAACCUAUUGAGAAAACUAAAUAUGAAGAUGUGGAAUGUUUUGAAAUUACCAAUAUCGGGAAAUAUAAAAUUUUAAGAAAUGAUAAAGUUUAUCGUGAAUUAACUACUCAUUAUAUUUGGGAUUAUUAUUUUGAUAAAC